CUCUUGAGUAAGGUAUAGCCGUAUCAUAUUGUGCCGAAAUCAAUACGAUAAUUAUACCGGUUGCACUACCUAUUUACGUACAACGCGAACAAACGAAAUCGCACGUAAGUAGGUACGUUUGUUUCAUAGAGUAACAUGUUGCACUGUGGAGUUUGUCGGGUACCUAACCGCGGGUAGUACCAAUCGGUUAUAAUAAUUGCAGUUUUCGAUAUUAAACAAUAAUGAUAAUAAUCCGGAUCGCUUUUAGAAAAUAUCGACCGAAUAAAUAGUAGCUAGGUACCUAGGUACCGACUACCGAUUUUAUAAUAUUCGUACUGUAUACCGAGCCGUAUUUAUCACGACGAUUACAACACAAUACGUAUCUACGGGAAAUUUUACAAAAUCUAUCUACUGGCUAGUGGCAGUUCGCCGUACAAUAAUAUGUCCAAUAAUUAACGAUAACGCGCGGUUCAUAACACGAUUUACGGGUGUGAAAUAAAGUGUAUAAUAAUAUUACGUCGUUGAAUCAAUAAUAAUAAUAACGCGUAUUGCAUAGUAUUCGCGCGCGGGCAUAUUGUUUAAAUCGAGUUCUUUACAACCAAGAAUCACUGGAACGCUGAUCCUCCAUUAUAUAUUUUGACGUGAUAACAAAAGUGAUAACAUUAAUCAAAACGUGUAAACACAAUCAUUUUUCUGCAUUAUUAAUCAUAAUAUUUUGUUAGCAUAUUCGAAAUUAAUUUCCCUUGGUACCAAUAACUAUUAUAUGUUUUCCGUCGAAAUUACUAUGUUUUACGUAUUAUAUUUUAACGGAAUUACAAAAUACUAUAUCAAAAUCAUCGAAAAAUAGUAUUUACUUUUGACGCGUAAUGUGAAUUUGUAUAGAAUUUUAAUAAUUUUAUCAUUUUUUUUUUUUUUUUUUUUAUAUACAAUUUUUACCACUAGAAUAAAUACACAUUGCAAUAGUGAAAUAGGUAGGUACGUUUCUUUGUCGUCGAACAUUUUUAUUCCUUGUCACUGAACAUUAUGAGCUCGGAUAUCAGCACAAGAAAUCCCCAGGAAGAAUAUGAACUGAUUCAGAGGAUCGGUAGUGGAACGUACGGCGAUGUUUAUAAAGUUAGUUACUCCAUUCCAAUAUUUUACGGUUAUAUUUGUAUUAAUAUUAUGUUGAAUUUAAUGUGCCAAUUGUAGGCCAAGCGAAUUUCGACAUCGGGUUUAGCCGCUAUAAAAGUUAUCAAAUUAGAAGCUGGUAAGUGAUUUAAUGAACAGUGGUUUAAUCAUGACAUAUUUUUAAAAAAAUUACAUUUAUUUAUAUUAUUUAUUUAUAUUUUAAUAUUAAUUUUUAUUAUUUGUUUUUUUUCUCACUAUUUGUAAUUUUAGAAUAUUUUUAUUAGCAUUAUUUUUUAAAAUAUGUUAAAUUAAUAAUUUAGAAAUGGUAUUUAUACCUAUAUUGCUUUUCUUAUAAUAUUGUUAAUUUUCAUUUAAUCAAUUAGGUGAUGAUUUCGUAAUAAUACAGCAAGAGAUAUUAAUGAUGCAAGAUUGUCAACAUUCCAAUAUUAUUGAAUAUUAUGGUAGCUAUUUACGUAGAGAUAAGUUAUGGAUAUGUAUGGAAUAUUGUUCUGGCGGAUCAUUGCAAGACAUUUAUCAUAGUAAGUACUUAGUAUUCAUACAAAUAUGUGUGUAUUGUAAAUCAGUUCAAUAUUUCAUUUGAGGUUUUCUCUUGGAACAUAGGGGAGCUAAAUUUGUCUGUAUAUAAUUUGAUACUAUUUAAAUAAUUAUAAUACCUAUCUAUACAGUAUAUAUUGAUCAUUAUUAGGGUAGAGGAUUUGUAGCUCUAAAAAGUCACAAAAUAUGCACUUAAAUACUCAAAAUAUGUAUUAAAAAUAUGCAAUUUGAAAUUAAAAACAAAAUUUUUAAAAAUAAUAUAUUUAUCAAAUUUAUUUUAUUGUUAAUAUUUACAACUUGCAGAUACUUCUUCCAAUUCUAAAAAUAAAAAAACAAAUAUUUCAGUUUUUAAAAUUGUUUAUAUUAACAUUCAUUAUAUUUACAUUAAUAUUCAUUUAGCAGUUCGGGAAUAAAUUAUUUUUUCAAUUCAAUCUUUUUUUUAAUUACUGAUAAAUAUAUACUGAUGAUUUAACAUGAGGUAUUAUAUACUUAAAAAUAAAAUAAAUGGCAAAUAGAAUGCGUAGUCAACCAUAAACUGUAGAAACAUAGAACACUGGAAUGAAUAUAUUGGCAUAUUGAUUACGGGCAAAGGAAAAAUCAGUCAAUAACCAUAUUAUAUAAUACAAGCUAAAGAAUAAUUUAAAUUUAACAAUUUUGGGUUAUAUUAUUGAAUACAAUAAAAAUGCCAUUGUGGAAAAUAUUGAUAAUAUAAAAUAUGUCUCAACAAUUAUAAAGUAGAAGAAAUAUGCCUUACAAACAACAAAAACUCAAAAUAUGCAUUUAUAUGCAAAAUAAAAUAAUCAAUCUAGCUUUGUCUUAGCAUAAAAUUUCUUACUCUGCUAUUGAGUAAAACAAAGAUAUAUAGUAAUAUAUAUAUAUUAUAUAGUGUAAAACAAAUAUGCAAAUGCUACAAAUUCUAAACAUUAUUAUAAAAAUGUAAUUUAAUGAUUUUAAUAUCUUAUGUUUUAUAUAUUAUUUGAAAUAACAUUAGGUGGGAACUUAUAAUAUUGAUAAGAUGACCUCAAAUUUGUUUAUAUUAUUGCCACUGAAUAUAAAUUAAUAAACUAUUGUAGUUUUUAACUUGAAUAAUUAAAUUAUUUAAAAGAUAAGAGAUCAUAAUAGUGUCAUUGUAUUUAUUUAUAGUUAUUUAAAUGUUACUCUUUAAUUCUUAUUUUUUACUAUUAAAAUCUUAACAACAUUCUCUCCUACAAGAAAAUAAUAUUUCUUAAUACAAAACGUGUGUUAAUAUUAUUGGUAUCAUGUAUAUUUUGUAUGUAUGAAGUUUUCUACUGAAGUAUUUUGUUUUGUUUAUCUAUAAAACUAAAUUUAUUUUUAAUCCUAUGUAAUCCUGUAGGUACUUAAAACCCCCCAGGGUAUUAGAAAAGUAAAAAUAGUGAAACUUACUGAAUUAGGUACCUAGAUGAAAUAACUUAAUCUUUUUUAAUGAGUUGAUGAGCAAAAUUAAUAUGAUUUAUGAGAUUUUACUAAAAUUUUGUAUAAAAGUUAAUUAAAAUUUCAUAUUUUAUAUGGGUUCUGAAAUUGUUCUAACAUGAAUCAAUAUAUAGUAAAUAUAUAAUAUUUUACGGUUUAUUAUUCGAAAAUAGGUAUUUGUAAUUUUCAAUUUUCGAAUUGUUUAGUAUUUGAUAGUUAUUAUAGGAUAUAGAUAAAAAUAACAAAGUGAGCUUUACUUUUGUUUUAUGUACCAGGAAUUAAAAAUAUGAAAUUUUAUAUUGUUUUUUUUUCUGUGUAGUGGAGUAUUUUAAAUUUUUAGUGUUAUUUUUUGUUAAUAUGCAUAAUAUUAAUGAUUUAUUUUGUAUUUUUCCUAAAUAGUAGAAAAUAUCUCUAAUUUAUGUGAAUUGAUAAGAAAAAUACCUAUAGUUUCGUUUCUUAUUAUAAUCUACUUUUAAGUAUCCCGGUGCAUUGACCUAGUGAACAGUCUAGAUUUAUGACUCCUUAUCGAUUGUAUUUCUAUAUUUAAUAGAAAAAAAUUUUCUUUUUUGCAUUUUUCAUGUUUUUAUCACAUACUAUAAGCAGCAUAUUUUAAGAUUUCUUAGGUUAUAUUUAAAUUAUUUUUAGAGCUAUGAAAUCCGUGCCAGAAUCAGGUUAUUAAAAUGUGCACAGAAAGUUUCAUGUACAAUGUGAUAACAUGUAACAAUUAAUUAUGCCGGAUAUUUUUUUAUUGGUUGAUUUUGGUUUGCAUUUAUUUAUUUCGGCAUUUUUAUUUUUUUUUAGAUUAAAGUAUAGAAUAUUUCGUAUAUAUAUUUAGAGCAUAUUAUAUUUUAAUGAUUUUAGGGCACAUAAAUAUUUGUUCUACUGAUAUAUAUUUGUGUCAAUACACAAAUCAUAUAUUCAAUAUAAAAUCUGUGAUCCUUGAUUAUGUCAUUUCCAAUUCUUUAUCUGUGUAUGUUUAACAAAAUAACUAUGCUAUUAAACCUGUUGAAGAUUUUCACCCCCUACGACACUAUCUAUAACUUAUAACUUACAAUUGCUCAAUUUCUACAGAUGUAUAAUUUAAUGACUAAGUCAUGAAUUGGAAAUCUGGUAAUUACAGAAGCAUUAUUUAGGUUAUAUUAACUGGUUCAAUAUAAUUGAUUCUAUUGAUUCUAUUUCUAUUGGUUCAAUUGACUCUUAUAUAUAAUAAUGACAUUGAUAUUUUUUUAUGUACCCAUAUUAAUUAUGCCAUUAAUCGAUUUAUACAGAAAGUUGGCAGACAUAAAUUAACAUACCCUAUUUGGUUUAGUAAAGAAUUAAAAUAUUAAUAAAACGUAAACAAAUGUCUCAUAGUAUUUAAACAAUUUUAAAAACACCCGACUCAUACAUAAGUUUUUCUAAUCUUCAGUCUUUUUAAAUAAUUAGAUCUCAUGGUUAUAAAGUUAUAUUGCACACAAAACUCAGUCAAAAUUAAUCAUAAACAAUUUUUGGAAUUUUUAUAAUUCACAAAAAUUAAAUAAUCAAUUACUUGUAUCUAUGUACUAUUUUGAUCAAGAAGCUACCUCUGGUCUAGAAAUUGUUAAUUUACUUGUCCAAAAAAUAAAUAAUUAUUUUAUCCUUCAUCGAUUAAUAAAAAGUACAUGUUUUACAAUAUUUUAAAACCUACUUAAAGCUUUGUUUUAAAACAUAUAGAUACCUACUAAAUUUAAUAAAAGCGAAAAUUAUCUAAUACGAGUUAAUAAAUAAAUAAUAUAUUUAUGAGAAUAUUAGUUAAAAAUAAAGAUUUGAAGUCCUAUACAUUUAUUUAAAUUUAUUGGGUGUCUUUAUAUUUUGAAUAGCAUUGUUUUUUUUAUUUAGUUAAUAUAUUUUUAAUAUUUUAAACUAUGAAGAGUGUAUUAUGUAAUACAGUGGUUUUCAAUAUGUUUUAGGGGUGAGAUCAAAAAUUAUUUUGAAAUUUAAAAUUAAGAAAUGUUCUAUUUUCAAUGUACUUAAAACAAAAUAUUAAAUGAAAUUAUAGUUUGCAAAGGCCUAUAGUUUUAUGAUGUUUAAACAAAUACAAAUUAUUAAAAGUGUUGUAAUUGUAUUUUAUAGUUACUGGACCACUUACUGAAUUACAAAUAGCUUAUAUGUGCAGAGAAACACUGAAAGGGCUGUCUUAUUUACACACUGUGGGUAAAAUGCACAGAGACAUAAAGGUAAUUUUUUUUUUUAAUAAUUGUCUUAAUAAUAAUAUGUUCAUUUACAUUAUAAAAGUUCAAAAAAAAAAAAAAAAAAUUAUUUGAAAAUGAUUUUUACCUAGAAUAAAUUACUAUAAUUUAUAAUUAAAAUUUGAGUAUACUAGACAAAAUAUUUAAUUUUGGAAUAAUUUUAAUUAAAUGAUUUGUUUAUACAUAAAAUCAUUAAAAUAUGAGUUUAUUAAAUUUUUAAAAAUAUAUAUAAAUUAUUAAAUAUUUGUUUUUGUAAUUUAAAGCUAAUAUAUUAAUUAAUUAGUUACGCAUAGUUUAUUAAUUAGGGAUGAUAUUUUUUUUAAAGUCUGUUUUUAAUUCCUCUUCUUUUAUUUUUCAAUUUGAGCACUGGUUAACCUUCUAGAUGAGUUUUUGAGAAGUUAACAUAUGAAAGGUACCAUAGUUUGUAUACCACAAAGAUAAAUUAUUGCAAUAUAAAAAGAUUCUGGUAAAAUGUUUUGAUAAAUCUAAAUUGAAAUAAAUACCAAAUGUUUGCAUUUUCAGCAAAAUUUGUUGUAUAUUUAAACUUUAAACACAUUAAAAAAUAGUGUUAUGCUAAAAAAACUUUCACUUAUGUAGCUAAUAAUUUAAAUUCACACAUAUUGAAAAACUGUAUGCAAAUACUGUUAAUGAUUUUUAUUAGUUUUGUUAAAAUAUAAACUUUAUAUGCUUACCAUAAAAAAAUAUUUGUUUACUAUUGUUCCUUUUCUAUAAUUUUUAAGAAUUUUUAUGGACUGAUUGUAAUCCACAUAAAACCAAUAGCAAAAUACAUUAAAUUGCAAAUUUAAAAUAUUUCUAAAAGAUAGAACAGAUAGAAAUUUGAAUGUAUAUCUGUAUGCAACAAUAAACGCUAAUGAAAAAACUAUUUCAAGCAGAGUUCAGUUGAUAGUGUUGCUUUGUCAACAAUAUAUAGGUCAUAUUAUAUAUGGUUUUAAUUUUAUUUAAUAAUAUUUGUUUAAUAUUGUUGAAAACCAACAAUUAUAAUUUUUAUUUACCUGUAUAACCUAACAUAAAGAUGAGUAUUUAUUGCAUGAGAAAAGCAGAGUGGGACAGCUAGUUAUAUAUAUAUAUAUAUAUAUAUGAAUAAAAUAUUUUUGUGUUGUAUAUUUUUAGGGAGCUAAUAUAUUAUUGACUGAUGGUGGGGAUGUGAAGUUGGCAGAUUUUGGUGUUUCCGCCCAAAUCACAGCUACAAUAAAUAAACGUAAAUCAUUUAUUGGUACUCCAUAUUGGAUGGCACCUGAGGUUUGUUAACUUUUAUUUGAUUAUAUUAUUAUUUAUUUAUAGUAAUACAUUAUUUUAAAAGUCAUUAUUUUUCCAAUAGUUCUAAAUCUACUUAUUGUAAUGUGUGUGUGUGCAAAUUAAAUCAUUUUUUUUUAUUAGUAAAUAUAUGUAUAUGGACUAUCCAGAAAUAUAAAGCUUAUCAAUUGUUAGAUAUAUUGCACUGAUAAACAAAUUUAUAAUUUUUCAUUUGAUUAAUAGUAUUUUUAAAUUUAAUAUUUUUUUUAAACAAAAUAUCUGUACUAUGCUUGAGCUUUUAAAUAAAUAUUCAUUUGCCCAUUAAAUCCUAAAAUAAUUUAUCAGAAAUAGCAAAAGCACCUUCCUUGUGCACACUCCUCUAUGAAUAUUGUAUUUAAUAACCUUAACAGCAGUAACAAUGUAAUAAUAAAACCUUAUAUGGUAUUAUAAAAAUGAUCAUUAAGAGUUACUUGAAGUCUUAAAUGUUAUGAGUCAACAAUAUCAGUUAAAGAUUAAUGAAAACAACAAUCAUUAAAUCAACCAAUAUUUUUGCAAAAAUGUUUAUUCUUAGCACUGUUUAUGUAAAAAAAACUGUAUGUAUAUUUUUAGGUUGCAGCUGUUGAGAGAAAAGGUGGUUACAAUCAACUUUGUGAUAUAUGGGCAGUAGGAAUAACUGCUAUAGAACUGGCUGAAUUACAACCACCAAUGUUUGAUUUGCAUCCAAUGAGAGCUUUAUUUUUAAUGUCUAAAAGUGGUUUUAAACCUCCAACUUUAAAAGAUCGAGAUAAAUGGUGAACAGUUUAUUUUAGUUUAUUAAAUAAAAAAUAAAAUAUAAGUUUUAAUAAUUUAUAAUAUGGAUUUUAAUGUUUUAAGGAGUCCAACUUUUCAUAAUUUUGUAAAAAUAUCAUUGACAAAAAAUCCCAAGAAACGACCCACAGCUGAUAAGCUGUUGAUGGUGAGUGAACUAUUGAUAUUGGCUUACUUAUUAUUUAAUCAAACAUAUUUUUCAAUAAAUCUUUUUAGUAAAUUCACUAUUAGUUCAACUAUCUACUAUUUAACAAGCCAAUUUUUUCUUGAUAUUAUUCUUAAAAGAAGUGUUGUCUAUUAGGUAACUUUCAGAUAACUAAUAAUUAUAUUUAUUCUAAUUUAUACCAAAAGUGUUAUAUUUGACUUAGUUGCUAUGAUUAAAAAAAAAAUAGAUCAUUUUUCAUAGAUAUUAAUAUUAUGAAGUGUUUAACGAAAUUACUUUUUUUUUAAAUUAAUAAUAAAACAAAAACUUUAUUGUUGCUACAUUUUGGCAUAUUAUUAUCAUUUCUUACUUCUCAGAGAUCCAAACAAUUAAAAAAAUAACACAAUAAAAUGCAUACAAAAAAAAGCAAUAAUAAUAAUCUUAUAAUUAUAUUAACACUGUAAAACAAUUUUUUUAAAAUAAAUAUGACAUUUAUUAUCAGAAUAAAAUGCAUCAACUUACUUUUUCACUUUCUAUUUUUUUUGCAAAUAUAUUUUUUUAAAUUCAAAAAGUUAUCUAUGAUUGUAAAAUAUAUUGCAUAUAUAUUGCAAAAUAUUGUAUUUCCCAAUAAAUAUAAUUACAAUAAAAUACAGUUUAGUUAAAUAAUUAUUUAACUUUUUAAAUAUUUUUCUUGAGAAAUAUUUUCUAACAGAAACAAAACAUAAUUUCUUAAUUUAACAUAAUUCAUUUUUUGUCAAGAAAAAUAUUUGCUUUAAUAUCAAAUUAUUUUUGUAUAGCAUUCAUUUUUUUGUCAAGAUAUGAGUAAACGACUUGCUAUUGAUUUAUUACAAAAAGCAAGUAACCCUGCUGCUCAAACAUUUUCUGAAGUAGAGCCUGAUGAUGAUGUAAGUAUAAAAUAAAUAAUUAUUCAAUGAAAUCACUAAUAUAAUAUUAUAAUGUAUGUAAAUAAUUUCCACUACAUACCUAAUAAAGAAUACCAAAUUAUGUAAUAAGUAGGUAUCUUAUAUGAAAUAUUAAAGGUUAUAUAAAUCUCUAUAUUAAUUUAUUAUUUUAGUAGAAACAAUAAAGAAAUAUCAAUACUUGUAUAAUAAAUAUAAUGAUAAUGAACUAUUUUAUAUUAAAAACAUUUUUUUGAAAAAACAAGACUUAACAAGUUGACUGCUGUAGUAUUUUAAUAGAAUUGUUCCUACACGAAAAUAGGUACUCACCAGUUUUGUUAUCUAGCCGUUGUAUUUUCAGAUGGAUUAUAAGACAGGCUUUGUCUUUUUUUUUUUUUUUGAUUUUUGAUUAUUUUCUUAUCUUAUUGCAUUAUUAAAGUCAAACAGUGUGAGUAACAUUAUUGGUACUCAAAGCAUAUAAAAAUAUGAUUAAAACAUUAUGGCCUAGGGUACAAAUCAAGUGAGUACCAAUUUUGGUACUCAUGACAGUCAACUUGUUAAAAUGUAUUUUUUUUAAGUUAAAUUAUUAACUUAGUAUUGGUAUAUUACCAUCAUUAGGCUAAUUAUAAUAUUGUUUUUGGUCAAUUACAUAUAAAUAAAAGACAAACAUAUAUAUUUGAAAUAAAAAGGGUAAAAAACUAAUUUAUGUACAAAUGUGAUAUUAAAAGCAAAUGUUAUAGAAAUACAUAGAUUUCUAAACUUCACAAACUCAGAAACUGUAACUAAGUAAAUAUAACUUGAAAACAUAUUCUAAGUCUUGUUUUUUCAAACAAUUUGUUUAAAUAUAUGUAUUAAGAGUGUCAAAAUCUCAAACAAAACUAUUUUAUAUUAAAAAAAUACUAAAAUCUAUUUAUAAUUUCAAUAUUUUUAAAAUUAUAAUAGGUAAUCUGCAAUGUUCCACGACGCAUUGCAUCCAAGUCCACUAUUGAUCACAGGGGUUUGUAAAAUAUUAAGAAUUAUUUAAAUAUGAAUACAUUAAUGAAAUGAAAAAAACUAAUUUUUAUAGGUGUACCAACAGAAUCAAUUAACAUCCCUUUCAAUAAUAAAAAGGAUAAUUCUACCUUAUUGGGUUCUCGAAAUUUGGGAAUUAAUAUUAGAAAAAACUUACUAGUGAGUAACUAAUUAUACAUGUUUACUUUGAUAACAUUAUGUAUAUAUUUAUUAUAAUAUUUUUUUUAGCGCAAUAAUGACUGUGAUAAUUUUGAAAAAUUAGAUUUGUUAACAACUGAAAAGUAAGUACUGCAUAUAUAUGUUGAAUUGUAGAAAAUAUAUGCAUUUUUUUAUGUAUUGUAGUUUGUAAUGCUUUGUUAAAACAUUUAAAUACAAAUUAAUGCAUAUUAACUUCAUUUAUAGUGAUUUCCCAAUAUUUGUUGUACAUAAGUAUAUUAUACAUUUGUAUUUCUUUAUUUUAUUUAUUUUUUUUGUUUAGUACAAAUAUUAAGUUAUAUAAAACUAAUGUCAAAAAUGAAAUUUAAUACUUUUACAUUUUAAUUUUGUAACAACAUUUAUUAGUUUUACAUUUCUUAUAUUUUAUACUAAAUUGUUCGAUUUGUGAAAUUUUGUGCACAGCUAAUUAAUUUAAGCCAAUAAACUGUUUUUAUGACAUGAUACAAAAUUAACUUCAUUAUCUUAGUUUUGAAUAUUUGUUGUUCAUUCAUACAGAAGCAAAUUUUAUUUAUAAAUUAUAUUUUUAUAUUACAUUUAAUUAAAACAGAUCUCUCUCUCAAAAAAAAAAAAAAACUGUGUUACUAUAAUUUAUUACUGUUUUUUACAAUUUUUUUAUUGGCUACACCUAGCCAAACUAUUAUAUACUUUAGACUCUCUGACCUCAUAGGUAUUGUAUGUUAAUCUUAAAUACAUGCAUAUAAUUUAAAUUAUUUGAAAGUGGAUUAGUUUUACUAUGAUUCCACUUCAAGCGUUCUCACUAAUUCAUUUUACUUCAAUUUAAAAUUUGAAUUAGUUAAAUUUAGAACAAAGACUAUAAUUAUGUUACUUUAUACUAUAUUUAAAUAAAUAUUUAUUAAGAGAUGGGGUCUUAUUUUAAUUUUAGUUAGUGAAUGGUUUUUUUUAAAUUUUAUUAGUAUUUAUAUUUUAUUUUAUUUUAAUCAUAUUUUCUUUUACACUUUUAUUUGUUAGCAACCCAUGUUUUUUUUAAAAAAAAAAAAAUACUUUAUUUCUAAUUAUAAAAUGUUUAGAUAGUAAAUUAUUUGAUAAAAUGUAAUUGAGGUUUCAUACUGAAUACAUUUUUUAAAUUCCUGCUAGUUUAAAAAUAUAUAAUAAAUAGAACUAUUUAAAUCAAAUUAUAUUGAGAAUUUUAAUAAUUGGGAUUUUAUAAAUUAUUUAUAUAUUUUUAAUUAAAAUUAAAGAAUUUAAAAUUUAUUGGUCAUUUAAUUUCUACAGGAGUCUUCUACAAAACAUUGACGAAGAACUUAAACUGAGGUAUGAAACCCUAAUAGAUUUUUUAACUUCGCACAAUUAAUAAAUUAAAUUGGAUCCAUUAAAAUAUAUUCUUAUUUCAUCACAUUGCCAAUUAAAUAUGGCUAUUGGUGUCAAUAGUUUUUGAUCCUAUAAAUGUAUGCUUUUAUUAAAUUAAGUUAAAAAUAAUUAAUAGAAUUAUUUAUAUUAAAUAUUUGUAUAUUUCUCAUUAAAUAUAUAUCAUAAGUUAUUAGAUAGUCUUGCUUUAAUUAAUAAAUGUAUGUAUAUAUAUUAUAUAUUACUACAAGUAGUAUGAUUAAAAGUGUUUAUUUUGCUUGAUUUAUUGGGUUAUUGGAAUGUUGACCUAAGCUAUUCUGUGUAGCAUGAUAAAAAUAAUAUUAAAAGUUAAUUAAUUGGCCUUACAAAAUUGGCUAUAAUAUUCAGUAAAACAUUUUUAUAUUAUUAAUUAUUUUAUUAUUUAUUUUUUUUUUUAGAGGUGAUUUUUCUCAUGUAUUUAAUGAACACAUGAAUGGAAGUUAUGAAGAAUUGUAAGUAUAAAAUAAAUAUAAAUUCUUAUGGUUAAUACAUUAAUGUAGGGAAAUUUACUUUUUGACUGUUAAAUACUAAUUUCAAUAUUUAAAAAAAAAAAAAUAAAUAAUAUAUUUAUAUUGUUUAUACAUAAAUCCAAAACAAAUAAUAAGUACAUUAUUCUUAAGUUUUUCAUUUUUUUAUCUAUUUGUUUUAGAUCUACUUUACCCUUGUCUGACAAAUGUUCUGUGCCACAUUCUUCUAGUCAAAAAUGUAAUUAUUCUAAUAAAGGCAGCGUUUAUCAAAAUUUAAAAGGUACUAUUUUAUAUAGAUCUAAAAUGUAUUUAUAUGUAUUAUGUUACCUUUAUUGAGAUGACUUAAAUAAAUAAUUAUUCAUUAUCAAGACCUUAUAAUUAUUUAAAACAAAAGGUAUAAAAUAUCAUUAAAAAUAUGUUAAUAGAAAUUCUAAUUGGCUUAGAAUAUUAUUAUUAAAUUUCAAUAUAAUGGUAUGUAUAUAUGUAUAUGUUUACAUCGGAACAUUCCAAUUGCAUCCAUAAAUGAUAUUUUGUCCAAGUCAGUUGCAUCUGGGAUUUUCUUAUGAUCCAAGUUUUGUCUAUGUACAUAAUAAUUGAUAUAUACAUAUUUUCUUUCCCACUUUUACAGACUGAGGACUGUCAUUUAUAUAAGUGAUGUGGUUAAUAAUAUAUAUAUUUUAGGUAUUAAAAUUUUUUUUAUUGAUCUAAAAUGUAUUUAUUAAAAAUAAUAGUAUGUUGUACCUUUGUAGUAUUGUUAUAUAUAGAUACCAUGUUAAAUUAUUUUUAUUCUAUAAACUGGUAAAUUUUUGUAUGCCAAUUUUCGAAUUAAUUCAAGAGAUGUGAUAUAUUUCUGUUUCAAACUAUGUUAUAGUAUUUUUAAUAAAAUCUUCGUUUUAUACAUCUUCUGUUUGGUUAUUAAAUUUGAGCUUUGCAUUUUAAUAAAAUAUACAGUUUGAACAUUUUUGAUAUGAACAACAUAAACAAAAUUAAUUUCUAAUAAUAAAUUGUAAAAUGAUAUACCAACCUAUAAUAAGGUAUCCAUAAAUUAAUGAAAUUAUAGUGAAGCAUAUAGGAAUAGAAUAACAAUUAUUCUUGCAGAUGCAACUCAGAACCGUCACCAAAAAACCAUUUUUUGGGACACAAUUCAUGUACAGCCGUUUACAUAUAUUAUUUAUACGAUUAAUUUUAAUUUAAACCACCACAAUGUUUUUCAAUAAUUAAAUAUAUUUUUUAGAUAGUCCUACAUCAUCUAGACGACAUAGCUCUCUAGAUGAAUUUAUUGCACAGACAAAUAAUUCAUCAAAUGGACGUCAACGUUCUUUUAGUGAUAGUGGAGGUGAAUAAAAAUGUUUUGAGUUUUUAUAGUAUUCUUUUGUGUGUAUUAUAUUUUGUUUAUAGGAGAAGGUGCUGAAUCUGAUUUAUUAAUCGAUACAACACCCCCAGUACCACCUCGGCGUAGAGAUCGUAAGCAACGUAAUUCCCCUCCUAAACAAAUUAGUAAUGGGUUACCACCUACACCAAAAGUGCACAUGGGUGCUUGUUUUUCUAAGGUAUUUUAUUAAGUACUAUUAUUUAUUCAAAGUAGAUAUUUUAUUUGAAAAGUUUUUAAGUCAAGUACAUAUAAUAACUAAAUAAUUAAAUAUUUGAACAAACUUAUUUAUUUUAAAAUCAUUUUUAAUCUGUGGUUUGUUUAAUUUUUAAGCGAUUAUUUAAUAAUGAAAAAUGUAUACAAUAUAUAUAUACAGUGUGUUCACACUAAGAAAUAUCACUAAAUAUUUCAGUUGGAUGGAUUAGUAUUGAAAUGUAAUUUUCAGGGACCAAUAGGGAGUAUCCAAGUACAGAAUUUUCAGACAAAUUUCAAAUUUUAAACCUUUUGGUACGCGCAUGUGCAAUACAUCUUAAUUUUUUUUAAAUGUCAACAUCAUUUUUUUUACAGAUUCAGAUAAAAAAUAAUAAAAAUGUACACACUAUAAAUUUGAAAUUAAGAUUUAUUUAUUUACAACUAUAGUUUUAUGAAAUAAACUGUUGAAAGUUUAUGCAUUGGUGUUCCAAACAGUUUAAAAAUUCUCUUGAUGUGGCAGUGUUUAUUUGGUCCUCUCUCAAAUUAUUACAUGCUACUCAUAGUUUGUUUUUUAAAUGCUCCCAUCAAAAGAACUGUAGUGUUUAUUUGUGUCUUAGUUUACAAACAGGUAUUUCACAAUAUCGAAGAUAUCAACAUUUUGAUAUUCUAGUAUAAAAGUUGAACAUAGUUAAAAUUUUGUUAAUUAUAGAUUAUUAGUAAAUAUUAAAUUAAAUUUCAACAUACUAUAAUUUUUUCAAUUUUGUAGUUAGAAAAAAACUUUAUACAAAAAUUGUUUUAAAAAAAAUUAAGUUGUAUUGAACAUGCGCUAUCAAUAGGGUUAAAAAAUUUAAAUUUAUCUGAAAAUGUGUAUUUGGGUUUUCACUAUUGAACCCUGAAAAUUCCAUUUUAAUACUAGGUCAUCCAACUAAAAUAUUUAGUGGUACUGCUUAGUGUGUACACGCUGUAUAUUGGAAAAUUAAUUUUGCAUUCAAAUACAGCUUUUAGCAGUAUAAUACAAAUUAAACUAUAGGUUUUUUUAAAUUGUUAUAUGUAUCUUAUUUUGUUUCAUUGUUCUGUUGACAUUUAGGUUUUUAAUGGAUGUCCAUUAAGAAUAUAUUGUACUGCUAGUUGGAUUCACCCUGAAACUAGAGAUCAACAUGUUUUCAUAGGAGCAGAAGAAGGCAUUUACAAUCUAAAUUUGAAUGAACUGCAUGAAACAGCUAUUGAUCAAUUGUACAAUAGACGUACAAUUUGGUUGUAUGUUAUCAAAGAUAUUCUUAUGUCUCUAUCUGGUAAAGUAUUAAAUUCUACUUGGUAUACAGGGUGUAACAGGAUUAUUUGACUUUUUACAUUGUAGUUAUAUGUAAAAAUGUCAAAUAGUUCUGUUACAUUCUAUAUAUUAUUUAAUAUAUUUACUGCAUUUUAUUAUUGGUCAGUCUAAGGAUAGAAGUUUUUCCAGGAUUUGAAUAACUCUGUUUAUUUUUAUAUAUUGCAAUCUUCUAUCAUAUUUUGAAGUUGAAUACAUUUUAAUGUAUUCAUAUAAUAUUAUUGAUGUAUAAUUAUAAUACUUACAAUUUAGCUAUAAACUAUUAUAGUACAGUAAAUGUGUAAAAAGCCUUAGAUAUUAAUAAUUAUUUAAUUAAUUAAUUAAUUUUUGUUUUAUUCAAUACAGGAAAAACCACCCAAUUAUUCAGGCAUGAUCUUUUAGCUCUCCAUGGAAAACAAAGCCAUAGGUUUUCACAACACAUGACCAGAAUUCCAGAACGAUUAAUGCCCAGAAGGUUUGCCCUUACAACCAAAGUUCCAGAUACCAAAGGAUGUAUAAAGUGUUGUGUAGGGCGUAACCCUUACAAUGGUUAUAAAUAUUUAUGUGGAGCAAUGUCUAAUGGAAUUUUUUUAAUGCAGUGGUAUGAACCACUCAAUAAGUUUAUGCUUCUAAAGGUAAUAAUACUAUUAAUUUCGCUAUUUUAACAUUUGAAUGUACUCAAAAGAAUACAAUUAUUUUUUACUUAUCUAUAGCAUUUUGAAUGUACUUUACCAUCACCUUUAAGUGUUUUUGAAAUGGUUAUUACACCAGAAUUAGAAUACCCACUUGUGUGUGUUGGUGUGAAAAAACCAAUAGGACCCAUUAGAAAGUCUAUGAAUUUGAAAUUAGAAUUGAUUAAUGUUAAUACUGGGGCGUGUUGGUUUUGUUCUGGCGAGACAGAUGAUUCUGAUAAUACAGGUUAGUAAUAUCAGUUAUUAAAGUUUUUAAAAUAAUAUUAUAAAAAAAAUAUAUAAUAAUCUAAAAAUAUCUAAAACUUCUGUUCUUUGUUUAAUAAACUGUAUAUAAUAACUAUAUAUAAUUUACCUAUACUAUAUAAUAAUAUAAUAAUAUAUUUAUUUUAGGCACAGUUAUACAGAGAAGAGAUAUUAUGGAUGUUAUUUGUGUCUGCCAGUUGGAUACAGACUCCUUUUUAAUAUGUUAUAAGAGUAUGUAUUAUAUUUGAUUACACUAUAACAAACAGUUUAAUUUAUUCAAAUGGUAUUUAUCCAAUUUAAAAACUCAAUUUUUUAACUUAUCAAGAGUUUACUAAAAUACCAACAUACUAAUAAAAUAAAAUAAUAAAUGAUUGCAAAAUUAAAAUUAAAAAAUUAGAAUUAAACAAUGUUUUCAAAAUUAAUAUCCUUUGAACAUUAAAAAUUGUGCAUGCAUUUUUAUUUAGAACUAGGAAACUAAGCACCCAUGUCAACUUCUAAAUUCAUCAAAGAGGUGAUUGAUUUUCUAUAGAUUAACCUUUGUAGAAGUUAUAAUUUUACAACAAAGGUACAAUUGUGUUUUCAAAUAUUUUUUAUGGAAAUUCUCAGUAUAGAUGUACUAUAUUUAAAUUAAAUGGAUAAUAUUAAGUAAAUAUAAGUAAAUAAUAUUAAUUUUAUAAAUACAGUGAACCCUGUAUACAAUUGAUAAUUGCGUUACCAUAUAAAAUGUCUGUUAUAGACAUUUUAUGUCCAUAAUAGACAGGUAUGGUGAUAUUGCAAAGAAAAAACUAAAAGGAACAGAAAAAAAUGCACAACACUAUAAUAGCGAAGUGAUAUGAAAUAAACAUUAAGAGUCUUUACAUUUUAUAAAUAUUUUUGGUUAUUUUCAUCCUCACAAUUAACUUUAUACUUGUUAUUAAUAAUCCAUACCUAUACAAAAUAGACAUUGAGUGGUACAUAUGUAUACUUUUGCAAUACAUUUGAUUUUGAACUAAGAUAAUUGUCUCUUAUCAAGGUUCAUUAAAAGAGGUGUUCAUAAUAUACAGGUGUGCAUUAAGACAUGUUUCAUUGUAUCUAUUUUUAUAUUGAUAAGUUUGUGCCAUAGAUAAUACAUUUAUUAUUUACAGUGUCUGUAUAAAUUGUUGUUACUUUUUUUCUGUAUCAUUUUUAUGUAAAAUAAUAUAAUAUUUUAUAUAUAAAUACAUAAUUGUGCUAUUGACUUUGAUGAGUGUAAAUAUAGUUAUACUAUAUUUUAAGAAUGAAUUAUAAUUUGUUUGUUUUCUUAAAUUCAGCUUAUGUAACAUGUAGGUAGGUAUCACAAAAUGUCCAGUCACCUGUGACUUCUAAUAGGAAAAAUUAUAGAAAUUUGAAAAUUUAAAGUUAAAAUAUUGUACUUAUGCUAUCAUUCAAAGGUUAAAAAGAAAAAAUAGCAUUUAUUUUGUGCUUUCAAAUGUUUUUCUCUUUAUUGCACAAAUUUAUUUAUAAAAAUUGUACAUUUAUAGGCCUUAAAAUAAACUCCUCUACAAAACAAUUAUCUUAUACACAAAAUAUUAAUUCUUCUUCUUUUUGGAUUAUCCAUCUGCUAGGACCAUCCAAUCCCACAACCAAUUCUCUAGUCCCCAGAUUCCAAUCCUUAUAAUAUCACUGGUCAUAUUAGGCUGGUAUACAAUUGGUUCGUUAUCUCCCAUAAUAAUUACCUUGAGCUUAAUAGUUUCACAAGAUCAUAAUAAGUCUUAUUUUUUGCUUGGAUUCUUCUUUGGUGAUAUUUUUUUCGCUCACGAAUGUGCCAAGAUAUUUGUAAGAAGUAACUUUUUUAAGUUUACAAUGACCUAUCUUCAAUCCACUAUUCACCCAAUUUUGUCUUCCUACAAUCUUAUAUUCAGUCUUUCAAAGGGUUAUUUUACAACAACUUGAGAUUCAUCCAUCAGUACUACUUCAUUUGUGUAUGCCUAUAAGGGAAUAUAAGGGAUUUCUGGAGUUGUAUUCCUUUUUGGAGUUCAAUUUUUAUCUUUCUUAUUACUUUGUACAAAAUGAAGUUGAAAAUAAUAGAUAAAAUGUAAUCAUCCUGUCUAAGGCCAUAUUGUACUGUAACUAAAUCUGACUCAUGCUUCGGACAUUAAUUUUGACCAUGGUUUCCAUGAUGUUGAUUGAGACUAAGUUGACCAAUUUCUGGGAGAAAUCAAGAUCUUUAUAAGACUCUCUCUAUGAAGUGUUGUGUGGUUACAUCCUAUUUACUCAGUAAAAAUAAAGUAAAAUAAUCUGAUUAUGUAUAAGGCAAUAUUAAAGAAUUUUUUUUUUGAAGUUUUUAAUAUUUCAUUAAAAAUACAAAAUAAAACUAUUAUAUUAUCUUGAACAUCACACAUUUGAUAAUUCUUAAUCUAUUACUAACUAAUUAUUAUUAAUGUUUAAAAAACAAUCACUAAUCCUGCAGAGGUUAUCAAUCUAAACAGUAGUAAAAAAAUAUACAUAAUUAAUUUUAAUAAAUUAUUGCACUGCAUAUUACAAAAUUAUUAAAAAUUACCCCUCCCUCCCCCUCUAAUUAUAUUGUAAUAUAAUAAUUUAUAUAAAGAGUUAUUAAUAGUAUUUUUAUAUUUUAGAUGCUGUAAAAAUAAUUAAUCUACAUGGAAAUCUCAAACAAGAUAGAAAUCAAAUAAAUCAAUUGUAUUUUGACUUUAAUGUUGAGUCAAUUGGUUAGUAAAUAAAAAAAAAAGGAUAGUUAUUUUAUAAUAGCUUUUUUCUUUUAUUAUAUAAAUUUUAUAAAGUUACAUAUAUUUGUGAUCUUUUUAUUAAUUUUAAUUUACUUAAUUAUUUUUAGUUCGACUGUCAGACAGUAUUUUAGCAUUCCAUAAAUAUGGUGUUCAAGGCCGUAGUCUCAAAAAUGGCGAAGUUACUCAAGAAAUAGUUGAUAAAAGUAGAACUUAUCGGCUUUUGGGUUCAGAUAAGUAUGUAAUUUCUGUACCUACAUAAGGUGAUUGGAAGCAGUUGAUUUUCUUUUUUGUCACAACACUUGUGAAGCAUAGGAAUUUAGCCAAGUUUUCAUUUCAAUGUAGGAUUGAUUUACUAAAGCUAGAAGAGAUAUAAAUUCUGGAAACAGAUUUGAAUUUGUCUUCAAGUUUACUUGAAAUUGAGUUUCCCUCAAUUAUGUUUUUAAACUUCUUAAUCCUAAGCAAUGUUAUGUUAAAAAAUAAAGGGAAUAUUUCUUGGCAUACAUGAGUUAUAAAGAGAUGAGAAUAUUACUUUCUUAUUCUUAUACUAUCAAAGCAAUUAGGAAAAUGGCGAUGGGUGCAGCCAUUGUAGGUGGGAAGUUAAGAGGGUAGGAUAUGGACAAGAUUUUAAUGUAUAUCUGUGAGCAAUGAUAACUCUAUUCCUAACGAAAAAUGAUUCUAAGGGGAGCUCAGUUGAUAGUGUUGCUUUGUAAACAAUAUAUAUAUGCCAUAUUAUGGUAAAACAAUUACGUCUGUAUUAUAUAUUUUCUUUAAUAAUAUGUGUUUAAUAUUGUACCUAUUUUCCUGUUUUACCUAGGUUUUUUCAGUUUUCCCAUCUAUUGGGAAAACUCUUGGAAAAAUUAAAAACUGACCUGCCUUAAGUACCACCAUAGUCAGAUUUACUUUUAGAAAAAUUGCUAUCAUUGUAAAUUGGAGUAAAAUUACUGGUAGAAAAGUUGUUUAGAUAAAAAAAAUAAAUUGGUUAAGUUGAUUUCAAGUGGACUUGAUAAAAUAUUCAAAUUUAUUUUCAGAAUUUUUAUCAUUUCAUUAGAUCAAAUUGAUAAAUUGGAAUGAAAAUACAUCUUAGUUCCUACAUUGUUCAUGUGUUAGGCAAAGACAGACAAUCACUCUCCCAACCAGCUUAACUAUCUACCAAGCAUUUGUUUGGUUUAAUUAAUAUUGUAUCUACUAAUUAUAAUUAAUUUUGUUGAGUUUUGUAUAUUAUUUUAUAUUUUAUUAUUAUUAUAGAAUCUUGUUAUUGGAAUCUCACAUGGUUUCCAAAAGAGCUGAUGACGGCACAGACCUAUACAUUCUAGCUGGACACGAAGCCAGUUAUUAAUUAUAAUUAAUAAUAGAUUUAAUUAUUUUUUAUAACUAAUUAUACUGCAUUUUACAUUCAUUUUUACAAGGAAAGAUAUUAUGAGCUAACUACCUACCUAUUGUUUUAAUACAAUAAAUUUAAUAUUUCACUAUAAAGUACAUGAUAGUAUUAUGUUAGUCAUUGCUUUUUAUAUAUUUAUUCAAUUGACGUCUAAUUUAAAUAUACAUAAUUUAUGUAUUUACAUUUUCACCAUAUAAUAUAUCAUACACAAAUUCACUUAUUUUUAUUAUCACUAAAUAUUUUCUAGGUGAAUUAAUUUUAGAAAGUUAUUUUAAUGGCACGCAAAAGCCUAGAUUUUAUUUGUGUACUUUUCUUAACAAAACUAUAUCAAUCAAAGCAAUAUAAGAUUGUAACAAUAAUGUUAUGCAAAUAGUAUUUUUAGGAGUUAAAAUUUUUUUAAAACAAGUCAUAUAUAUUUGUAUUUUUUUUUUUUUUGGUAAUCAAAUCUUAAUAUCUAUUCUAUUGAAAAAGUACAAAAUUAAAAUGUUUAAGUUGUUGGAUUUGUAUUGUUCUGAGAAUGAAUAUAUAUAAAAAAGGAAAAAGAAAGAUAAUAAAUGUAUUUUUAGAUGAAAGUUUUUAUCGUUUAUUUAUUUUUAUAUUUGUAUAAUAUAAUUUUUAUGUUUAACUAAAUGAUAAUACUUAUACAAGUAAUAAUUUGUGUACUAUAAUCUUAGUAAAAUUAAUAAUAUAUAUGAAAAUAUAUUUGUUAAUUGGUAUGUACAUACCUACUUAUGCUAGUAAAUAUUAGAGUAAUUAAUAAAAUAUGUAUAGUACACUAGCGAAAAAAAGAUUUUAUUCUUUAUUAUAGAAUUUAGAGAAUUGUUCAAAAUGGUUAUAAAUUACUUUUUAGGGAAGUUCUAAAUUAACUUUGUUUUCAAAUAAAAUAAAAUCCACUCUACACAUAAAAUCUAUAAAAUAUUGUUAUAAUGAGGUUUUGUUAACUAGAAGUCUAUUGUAUGUCUGUAUAUACAUAGUGUAACAAAGUUCUAAGACUGUUUUUUUUUAGAAAGAACAAAUAAGUUAGGGAAAAAUGUUUAUUCAUUUCAUUGCUUUUAUCAAAUAGGUAUAUAAUUUCAGACAAAAAUGUUAAAUUAUCAAAAAACGCCUUCACAUACAAAACCAUCCAUCUAACUAUAGUAUAGAGUAGUCUAUGGUUACACCAAAACAUACUAUUUUAUCAAUUAAAUCAUUAAAAAUAUAAACUAAAAGUAAUUUUAAUUCACUUUUUCCAAUUUAUUUUUUUGACUUUUAACAUAAUUAUUUAGUUUUUGUGUAAGACUCCUAGCAGUUCACAAUAGUAAAUACAGUUUCCCUAAUAUUUUGAAAAAUUGUAAUAUUUUUUAACUGUUUAUUUUUUAAUUUAUUUUAUGGAUUUUAAAAUUAUUUAUUGUUAUUUUACAAAAAUCUCAAUUUGUCCAACAGUGGUUUAUUUACACCUGUAAAGUUAAACAUAAAAGGUUUGAAAAAAAAGCCGUUUUAUAAAUGCUCAACC